AUUGAACUCAGGCCACACAUGGGCAUCACGUGAGGGUGUUGCGGACCCCUCCCCAUGGCUUGGAAGCCGGACCCUCGUCUCUUCCUCCCUCGCACGACCUCCUUCAAAGCCACACUCAUCCGACAAGUGUCGCAGUAUAUACAGCCCAAAAUGACGGAAGAUAUGGACAUGGACACCGUCAUGGACGUCGGCGGGUCGGUACCCCCACCGCAGCCUCAGACCACCUUUGCGCCCUCAAGCAGCCAGCUACCUGUGAUCCAAGACCCGAGCUCCUCCAACGUGCUGACCGAGCUGGAUCGCCUAUAUGAAGAGAUGCGCAACAUUGUGGCCAACGCAACUCAAGCACGCGACCCCUUCCGGGACAUCUCAGUGAAAGUACACAUUCGUAGGCCAGACAGGGAUUCGUGGACGUAUCUGGGUCGCGGACUCGUUGCUCAGGAGCAGUCGCGCAUUGUCGUGCGUGCUGCUGCCUCUCGCAAGAUUAUGACUACCUUCGGAGAGGACGCCCCUCUCCAAGCAGAGAAACGCGGCAACUUUGUCGUGGUGGGUUGCGUCGAGGGCACGCGUGUAGUCUCAUGGUCCUUCAACGCUCAGAACAACUCGGAGACCCUCCGCUUGCUCGCGAGCAUCGAGCUAACUUGCGACUCCCGCCGGUUCACCUCCAACGCUGGCCAACAGGGUGCGCAUCGUCGCCUCAUCUCGCGCAUGAUCAAGGACGACCGGAGGAAGCGUCACAGGCGCCGCAAGGAGACAGACUCCCUUGUGGCAGCGCUUGAACGCACAGGGCUCGACACGCCCGCGGACCAACCCAUGGCCGUGGCCGAGCCUGUCGCCGUACUACAGUAAUAACAUGUACGGACGCCGCUGGUCGCUACCACCGGAGCGCGCAGAAAUCAAGAGCCUCGUGUAACUGUAUAUUAUCCGCUCUCUCCGCCGUC